UGUUAUUUAUAAGUUUAGAUUUCAAUGAAUGACAUAUGCUUUUACUUUGCAGUGCUUCCUGAGGCAGCAAAAGUUUCUUCUGGUCCAUAUGUAACCACAACUUUACACCCUGGUGUUCUGGCUUUUGUUGGACAACCGAAGACCCUGAACAUAUCGGAGAUCACGUGGCUGGGUGGCGUCUCGAACUCCUCACACGUCACACUAGAAGUGAAUGGCACGGCAGAGACCUACGAGCUGGCUUUUAACAAGACGGAGUCGCAGCUGGAGGAGUGCGCGACCCCUGGUGGAGGUCCUGGGCAGUGCCGCCACCUGGCCAACUGCGUGCUGCCCAACUUCACUGGCAGCCUCGAUGACUUCCUGCCCUACCUCUGUGUGGUCGACGGCAGUUACGUCGGAGCUUGUUGUCCGGACAACACAGUUCCCCCCACGAUCAUUGGAUGAGCCGUAUGCCGACUGCCGAGACCGCUAAUCCAAGCAGAGGUUUGUUCCAGAUAUUGCCUUACAGAGCUGUGAAGAACAAAACAGGAAUUGUUGAAUCAUUUGUAUUAUCUCUCGGUUAUUAUUCACAGAAAUUAAAUAUUGUCACAACAGAAA